UUAACCCGAACCUGCGAUAAAGCUGCGAGAAUCACCGAGGAAGCGAUCGCGUUCACCGGUUUGUCCAGGAGUGGAACUUCCAGUAUCAUGGAUGCUGAGGGAUAUUCAAAUGAUUUACACUAUACGGAAGCUGAGAGCCUUUGGCACGUGAUGCAGAAAUCGGGAGACCUGGAUCAGAGGAGCAGAGAUGGUGAGGGCUGGAAGCUGGUGGAUGUAUUUCUUUCUGGAGGUGCACCAUGGGGAUUUACACUCAGAGGUGGACUGGAACAUCGAGAGCCACUGCUCAUAACCAAGGUUGAGGAGGGCAGCAAGGCGGCCGCUGUGUGUCUCCAGGUGGGAGACGAGCUUGUCAACAUCAACGAGAUUCCCCUGACUGGCUACAGACAGGAAGCGAUCUGCCUCGUCAAAGGCUCCCACAGGACCCUUACUCUGGUGGUGAAAAGGCGGAAUGAACCCAUAAGCAGGCCUCACUCCUGGCACUCCACCAAGUUCAACGAAACCCAAUCAGAGACGGCCAAAACACAGUCUCCACCCACGCCAGUCUGGCACACCAGAUAUGAUGCAAGCUCAUCCUCCACUGAUCUCUCCUCUGCCUGGGAGCAGACAAACCUGCGCCGAGUGUCCGACCAGUUCAGCUCUCUUGGGAGUAUGGACAGUCUAGAGCAUGUGUCACACCCGUACUCUGCUGGUCAGCUGUCACCUGCCAAGUCCAACAACAGUAUGGAGCACCUGGGAGGAGGGAAACGAGACUCAGCCUACAGCUCCUUCUCCACCAGCUCUGGCACACCAGACUACACCCUCUCAAAGAGCAAUGCUGCCUCAACAGAAAACAUGCUCUAUAAAGUGAGCCAGUGGGAUGCAGGAGGAAAGCACAACAAUCACAGCAAUAGUAGAAACAGCCACAGCCUGACUGAAGGUGCAAAACACGAUGAUAGGCUCACGUACUUUCAGAUGCCAGGUGUUAACGCAGGUUUUGAGGGUCCACAGAUUGAGGACCCGGCUGGCUCCCGCCAUUCCACUUCAAGCAGAAUCAGCUUUGGACCAGUCUGGCACGUCCCAGAGAAAAAGAAGAGUGCAUCUCCAUCACCUCCCCCACCCCCUCCACCUGCACGCAGCGACAGUUUUGCUGCGACUAAGGUACAUGAAAGGGGACUUGUCGUAGCACACACUGAAGGACCUGAUUCACACAGCUCCUGUAAGACGUCCUCUGAUAAUCGCCGCAGUCACAUCCUUUCCCUGAAAAAUGAAAGUGACGGUUUUUACCCUUCAUCUGACAAAUCGAGCCACAACCAGUUCAGCUCAAACAAGCAGUACUCCCUGUCCAGCAGUGAUGUUCGGCAAGGCCAGCCUCACCAUCAGAGACACCACAGUGACAAAAGCACUUUUCUCUCUCAGCCCUGGGCUACGUCCGCACCAAAACCACAGAACAUAGGUGGCUACCAUUGUAGCAUGCAAGAACUGCCUACUAACACAUCUGCACAACAGUUUGGUCAGAACCAGAGAAGGAACUUAAGCACCUCCCUGUCUACUUCAGCCAAUGAGCAGAUCACAGACAGCAGUGCACACAGUCGGUACUACUGUGUCACAACAUGCCAGCCCACGCAGCCUAACACCCAGCUGAUGUUAGGAAAACCAGACGACAGGAGGAGUGUUACCGGAGCAGACAUGGCACAAAGUGGAAGUGAGCGUAAAUCUCUGAGCCCACAAACAGUCAGCAAAGUGAAGUAUCACCUGCCCCAACAACACUACAAUAAAGAUAAUAACGGAUACAGCAAGCACCAAGUUACCACUGUAGCUAAACCCAGCUCUGAUGAGAGGGGAAGCCAGAGAGGACACAACACACAAAGUGCAGAAGCUCAGUACACAAAUUACCCUCCUACCAGACAAUCUGAACAGCGAAGGUCUCUCCAAUUACAACACAGAGAAAUACCUCAAGACAUCAGAUAUCAUGGUCAAGCAAACAAUAAAAUCAGCCCUCAUGCCACCCCCAUGCUGCACUCUUUGUCCAUGGAUGCAGCAGACCAAGACGAAAAAACAAGAGGCACGAUCUCGGAGGAGUCCCCUGAAGGCAAGCAGGUAAAGCGCAACGAACGUUUUGCCACAACAUUAAGGAAUGAAAUCCAAAUGAGGAGAGCCAAGCUGCAGAAAAGUAAGAGUGCAGCCAUUCUUCCCAGUGCUGAGGGUGAGACUGAAGAAGAGCUGGACAUCUGGAAGUCCACUGAAAGCACCACCCCAACGUCUGCAGACGGAUCCUUUACCAACACCUACAAGGAUCAUCUGAAGGAAGCACAGGCGAGGGUGCUCAAGGCUACAUCUUUCAGGAGGAAAGACCUGGAGCCUGUCUUAGCUGAGAACCCUGCAGCGGAGGCCUUACCAAACUACCCAUCCUCAGCACUGGCCCGUAAAGAUGUCCCCCCUCUGCCAACUGUCACUGAAUCAGUAAUAACUAAAUCGGGGGCUGCUGCUGGUCAGGUAACUCGUAUUGGAGGCCGGAAGCGUUUUACUGCAGAAAAGAAGGUACGGUCUUUCUCUGAACCAGACAAAAUUCAUGAAGUCGGGGUGAAGGAAGAUCUACCUUGCAAUGAAAAUACAAGCUCCUCACUAGAUCGACAGAAGCUCAUUAAAGAAAGUGGGAGACCUGGGCUCCCCAAUCAGAUGCCCCUUCAUAGCCCGAUGGUCAACCAGGGCCAAGAUAUCCCCUCCAUCAUUUCAGCAGAAGACACAGUGAAAGGGAUCAGCAGCAGAGAGUAUGCUGAGGAAGACCAGAGAGUUCGUUACUCUGAACACAAACAGUCUGUCCUCGACCAGCAACGACUGGGCACCUUCGCGGAGUAUGAGGCGAGGUGGAAUACACAGAAGAAACCAGCCGAAACCAGAGCCUCUGGACGGUACCGUUCAGCUGAUAACAUCCUGGAUCCAGGGCCAGAGGAGAGAACUAAAACCACCUGUUUGCACGAGAGAUCCAGAUCCUCUCCUUCAGCUGACAUGUAUGGACAGAAGAUUCCAGUACCUGCAAGGACGUCUGAGACUGAGUGUUCCCAGACGCAGAGUAAACCUGCUGAACUGCUCUGCACUGCUACAGCCUUCUCUGACAGAGGGCCCAGUGACUGUAAAGUGAGAGAAAAGACGGAGGAGUUUGAACGUUACUCAGCACCACCCCCUCCGCCCAUGACAGGAGCCAACCCUGACUGCAGACACAGAGCUGCUCCUGCCACCGAGAACCACAGACCCACAUCUCUCUCUCACAGUGUCACUGAGUGUGCUCUCCCUCAGCCCACGGACCACAGCCACAACGAGCCGCCAUCUGGAGCGAGGAGGAAGCCCCCUGUGCAGGAGAAGCCUCCCCCUCAGAGAUGCCCAGAGGUCAACACCCACGAGUCCUCCACCAGUUCCCAAAGUGAAGUCCUCACCGACUGCUCUCCUACCACUGAUAGUAACUCCGCCUUUGUCCCCACCCACUCUGCAAAGAGAGAUUCUGAGCAGGGCAAAGGACUUGUGGACAAAGGACAAGGGGCAGUACAUCAUCUGUCAACGUCCAAUCCUCAGCCUGCCUCCUCUCCCCCGGCUUCCUCCUACAGACCUUCAGGGCCGACCAGUAUGGAGGGGCAGCGCUCACCAUCUCCACAGUUUUCUCCUCAGAGACUCAGCGACAGGCCUCCAGUCUCUUUGCAGGAUGAAGACUCAAACAGGAUUGAGCAUGUGAUAGAAAGCCAAAAUCCUGCUGUGAAGAAAGUUCCCAUCAGGAUCGUCCACUCAGAGGGCUUCACUGAGAUGGAGAAAAGUCCAUAUUUGCAGCACAGUGACCCGCCUCCUGUUGAAGCUGAGGUUCCUGGUGUUAACAGACUCAACAGUCUGACAGCUGCAGGGCAGGACUCCGUUUUCUGCGCCUUCACCCGGCAGAGAGAGCCCGACAUGCUACCAGCUGCUCAGUCAGACACAAAGUCCCACAGAGACACAUACAUGACCACAAUCACAGAUCACAUCAGCUCCAGCUGUCAGCAGCCAGAACCGCUCACAGACGAGCCCGUCAGCAACAGGACAGCUGUGAUCACGGGAGUGAUGGAGGAUCAGAAGAGAGAGGAGCUGGCCAGGGACAUCAUGGGGAAGGACAAGUCACUAGCUGAUAUUCUGGAUCAGAGCAAGAUGAAGACCACCAUGGACCUAAUGGAGGGUAUCUUCCCUCAGGGGGCGCAGCUGCUGGAGGAAGCUCACCAGCGCAGGAAGGUGCCGGUCAAACAGACAGUCACCAGACCUGCCGAGGAAAGGGAAAAGGAGGACAGUAUGGCAGCAGCUGUCACCAUGGUGACCAGCUCUACAUAUUACAGCACAUCUGCUCCCAAAGCUGAACUCCUUAUCAAGAUGAAGGACAUGCAGGAGCAGCAAGAGGAAGAGGAAGAGUCAGAGGACGAACUGGACAUUGAUCUGGCCAAUAAGAAGCAAGAGCUGAUCGACAGCCUCAGCAAGAAGCUCCAGGUGUUGCGAGAGGCCAGGGAGAGUCUUCAGGAGGACAUCCUGGACAACAACGCUCUGGGAGACGAGGUGGAGGCCCGAGUGCAACAGGUCUGCAAACCCAACGAGCUGGACAAGUUCAGGAUGUUUGUCGGGGACCUGGAUAAGGUGGUGAGUCUGCUGCUGUCCCUGUCAGGCCGUCUGGCCAGAGUGGAGAACGCCCUCAACAGCCUGGAGGAGGACACUACAGCUGAGGAGAGGCGUACGUUGGUUGAGAAGAGGAAGCUGCUGAUCCGUCAGCAUGAGGAUGCAAAGGAGCUGAAGGAGAACCUGGACCGGCGGGAAUGUGUUGUUUACGAAAUCCUGGCCAACUACCUGCAGGAGGACAGCCUCACGGACUAUGAGCACUUUGUCAAGAUGAAGUCCGCGCUCAUCAUUGAGCAGCGCAAGCUCGAAGACAAAAUCAAACUGGGCGAGGAGCAACUCAAGUGUCUGAUGGACAGUCUGCCAAUAGAACAGAGGCUGUCCUUGUGAAGAAGUUGGACACAGUCUUUGAAAUAGCCCAGGACUCAGGUUGUGUUGCUUCAAGAUGCAGCUGAGUCCUGUGUCCAGUAGAGGGAGACAGAGACGUCAAGCUGCGGAGACAAACGACCUGUUGUAAGAGGGACUGUUGCAUUUUCUGACAUUUAAAAAAAUUCAUAUCUCCUGAAGUGGACCGCCACAGACUGACAGCAUCCAUCGCUUCAUAGUGAAAGAUGCUGCUUUUCUCAACCAACCACUGUAUUGAUUCUUUUUUUGCUGUUUUUAUUUCAUUUUUGGCUUUUUUUAGUAAUUUAUUGUAGCCUUUUGAAUCCGGGCAGGAGGGGACAGUAUUUUAUCUUCAACUGAUCUGAGCAGCCGUGCUACCUGAUGAUGUGUGUCACAUGCUGAACAACUAGAAGUAUUUAUCGGGAUUUAUGUUGAAAUAAUGUCACCCUCUGAAAUUCACAUAAUCCAUCAAAUCUGGCCAAAUAUUUCAAUAAAUACAAACAUGUUUGUUAACAUUUAUAUAUAAACUAGUGGCCUUGUACUAAGAUUUUUGUGCCCUCGCUUUUCUUCUGCAAAAUAGACAAAAAACAAAUGAAGACAGAAGGCUGAUAGUGCAGCAGCCCUGUGAAUGAACUGGUCAUUUUAAAGAGCACUUGUUCAGCUUCACUGAACAGAAGAAGCACUUCACAUCCAGAUUUUAACUCAAGUAAAAUCCACAGUUAAAGUGCCCGAGGAGUCGUCCACAUCACCGCAUGUCACUGAACGCUCUUUAAUCCACUGCUGUCCGAUUUGUUCAGUUUUAUCCACUACCAGAAAACUUUACAUUAUGAUAUUAUCACACGUACACUGUAUGUUGACCAAGUGUUUUUGUAUUUCGUCUUAUUGCUUCACUGUGUUUUUGUUAUUCACGGUGCAGAUGUUUCAUGCAUAGUUACCACAGAUGUUACUUGACCUCUUAAUAAUUUCAACACUAAAAAUGUUUCAGGUUGAUCAUUUGCCACCAAACAGGGGAGGACAUCUUUCCAAAGCAUUUUUCAGACCUUAAGGAUAAAAUCAGUGUGUUCAGAUGUGAAACUCCUGCUGGAGGACGUUUGUUCUGCACAUUUGAGUGUGUCACAUUUUGGAAUGCUUCAUGCACUGCUACAGCCUGACUCUUAACACUUUAUCAGCUGUGCUCCUUU